CUGCCUCAUAGCCAUGUUCCUCCAGCUGGACCGGGACAGACUAGGGAAGGCACGGAGGGACGCUAGCGAGCAAGUUCGUGGGGUGGGUCUGCAGGCAGACUGGCCCUCUUUCACCUGAUAUUUCAACAUGCAGUGGCUCCCAGCAGACCUUUUUCUCCUGAUGCCUGCGCGAGGACUGGAGUCUGCUGAACUUCGAGAAGCAGAAGGAUGCCGUUGUCUCGCUCCCUGUCCAUGACGUCCCUGAGCGGGCUGCUGCCAGCCUGGGAGGAGGACGAGCUGCCUGUAGAGGACCUGCUGCUCUUUGAAGUUGCCUGGGAGGUCACCAACAAAGUUGGAGGGAUUUACACUGUCAUCCAGUCCAAGGCCAAAAUCACGGUGGAUGAAUGGGGGGAGAACUACUACAUGAUGGGGCCCUACUUUGAGCAYAACUUCAAAACUCAGGUGGAGAGCUGUGAGCCACCCAACGCUGCUGUCCAGAAGGCCAUGGAUGCUCUGAUCCACAAYGGCUGCCAGGUUCAUUUCGGCCGCUGGCUGAUUGAGGGCAGUCCUUACGUGGUCCUUUUUGACAUUGGCUCAGCUGCCUGGAACCUGGACCGCUGGAAGGGCGACCUGUGGGAGACCUGCCACAUUGGCCUGCCAUACCACGACAGAGAGGCCAACGACUCACUUAUCCUGGGCUCCCUGAUUGCAUGGUUCUUUAAAGAGCUAACGGACCACCUUGGAGACAAGCCCAAUGUCAUUGGUCACUUCCAUGAGUGGCAGGCAGGUCCUGGGCUCAUUUUGUCUCGCUCUCGCAAGAUUCCCAUGGCAACAGUCUUCACAACGCACGCCACCCUGCUGGGAAGGUACCUGUGCGCAGGGAAUGUGGACUUCUACAACAACCUGGACAAGUUCGACAUUGACAAGGAGGCAGGCGAGAGGCAGAUCUACCAUCGGUACUGCCUAGAACGAGCAGCGGUGCACUGUGCUCACGUUUUCACCACGGUCUCCCAGAUCACUGCCGUGGAGGCCAACCACAUGCUCCACAGGAAACCAGAUGURGUGACACCAAACGGACUUAACGUGAAGAAGUUUUCCGCUAUGCACGAGUUUCAGAACCUGCACUCCAUAAACAAGACCCGGAUUCAGGAAUUUGUCCGAGGACACUUCUAUGGGCAUCUUGACUUCAGCUUGGAUAAAACUCUGUUCUUCUUCAUUGCGGGACGCUACGAGUUCUCCAACAAGGGAGCUGAUAUUUUCCUGGAAUCACUGUCCAGACUCAACUACUUACUGCGGGUUCAUAAAAAUGAUAUGACGGUGGUGGUUUUCUUCGUCAUGCCGGCAAAAACCAACAACUUCAAUGUGGAGUCACUGAAGGGGCAAGCAGUACGCAAGCAGCUUUGGGACACAGCUCACACUGUGAAAGAGAAGUUUGGUAAAAAGCUCUACGACGCUCUGUUGAAAGGGCAGAUCCCAGAUAUGAACGCCAUCCUGGACCGAGAUGAUUUCACCAUCAUGAAGAGAGCUAUCUUUGCUACUCAGAGACACAGUCUUCCCCCUGUGACCACUCACAACAUGCUGGACGACUCCACGGACCCCAUCCUGUCCAACGUCAGACGCAUUGGCCUCUUCAACUCAAGGAAUGACCGAGUCAAGGUCAUCUUCCACCCUGAGUUUCUGUCCUCCACCAGUCCUCUGCUGCCCAUGGACUAUGAGGACUUUGUUCGCGGCUGUAACCUUGGAGUGUUUCCUUCCUACUAUGAACCUUGGGGAUACACACCUGGGGAGUGUACGGUGAUGGGCAUUCCCAGUGUGACCACCAACCUGUCAGGUUUUGGCUGUUUUAUGGAGGAGCACGUUUCAGACCCUGCGGCCUAUGGUAUCUACAUUGUAGACCGGCGGUUCCGGUCCGCUGAGGAAUCCUGUAACCAGCUGACCCAGUUCAUGUUCAGUUUCUGCCAGCAGUCUCGGCGCCAGCGCAUCAUCCAACGGAACCGAACUGAGAGGCUUUCGGACCUACUGGACUGGAGAUACCUGGGACGGUUCUAUAUCUAUGCUCGCCAUCUGGCCCUCAGCAGAACGUUUCCAGACAAGUUCCAGAUGGAUCCCAAAGCUCCCGUGAAGACAGAAGGUUUCCGGUACCCCCGGCCCUCCUCGGUGCCCCCCUCUCCCUCCGCAUCGGUCCACUCCACCCCCCACCACAGUGAUGUGGAGGACGAGGAUGAUGAUGAGCCCUACGAUGAAGACGAUGAGGCGGAGAGGGAUCGGCUGAACAUCAAGAGUCCUUUUGUUCUGGGGGGCAUGUCGGAGGGCAAGAAGAAACAGCCUGGAGAGUCAGGACUCUGAACCAUUUUUACUGACUGCACACCCUCUACUCUUCCCGCAAUAAAUCCACUUCUCUUUGCUCCAAAACAAAAAGCAUUUUAUAAAAGUUCAUAGAUCUGAUAGACCAGAGCAGCUCCACAUGAUAAACUGUUUUAUUUAGUUUGGGUCAGUUUACACUCUGCUUUCAUCCAACAUUAGAAAUAUUAAUCAGCACAAAGAUUCAUUAGUACUUUUUUCUAAAAAAUAUUUAGUAGAUUUUCUGCCACAAGCUUCGUUUUUAGUAUGUGUAGAUUUUUUUUUCCAGCUGUUAAAUAGAAAUGACAUGUUUCUGUUUGACUUUACAUUCUGAAAGAUGGUUAAAAAA